AUGAUCGUCAUCAUUCUGCAAGUGAUCUGCAGCCUUGUGGUCUGGCUGUCGCUCUAUGGCGGCUUCUUGUACCGGAACAAGCAUCGCAGCCCCGAAUGGAGCUGCCGGCUGGUCACCCUUUUGCAUGGGCUAAUUGUCACCUUCUUCUCCGGCUACAUCGCUUUGAUUGACGGACCCUGGCCUUUGACUCAUGCAGGUACGCAGAGAUGAUUCAUCCUCAAGGGGGUUGGCAGAGGUAACAGGGGGUCAAGUGUGGGUGAAGUUGCUCUGCUCACCCACCAUGGCUAAAUCUCUGCCUGCUGUGCCAUCCCCAUCCCCAAAGCACAGCUCCGCUGUGACAUUAUUCAUCCACCCAUUCAUUUCAUUUACAUCUCAUCUUUCCUCCAAGGAGCUCAAAGUGGCAUACACAGUUCUCCACCUCUGCAUUUUAUCCUCCCAACAACCCUUUGAGUGGUAUGUUAGGCUGAGAGACUGUGACUGGCCCAAGAACGGCCUGUGAGCUUCAUGGAUGAGCAGGAAUGAAGGAAUGAAUGAUUGAAUAAAUGAUCUCCUGGGUCCUAGUCCAACCCUCUAAACACUAGCUUCAUGGAUGAGCAGGAAUGAAAGAAUGAAUGAAUGAAUGAAUGAAUGAAUGAAUGAAUGAUCUCCUAGGUCCUAGUCCAACCCUCUAACCACUACACCAUUGGCUGAGAGUAUGAUUUGCAGCCCUGAUUGCUCCUAGAGAUCUGAAUGCCUAGAAAAAAAACAUCCCAGGAGAAAUAGGGUGGAGAAUUCCAUUUCCCUGCCAUUUUUCCAGUUUCUCCCCCAACUUCUUUUAUUAUGAACUUAGAGAAAAUUGGGGUAUUGGGCAUUUUUUUAAUUUGGUUUUUCUGCGGGGGGGGGGGUAGGAGGCAUUCACAUCUCUAUUGUUCAUUGAGUACAAAUAAUGCCAUGUAGCACUUAUAUAAAGCGCUUUGGGGUGUUCAAAGAGCUUCACUUGUAACUUGUACAGUGACCCCGAAAGGUAGGUCUGUAUCAUCAUCCUCAUUUUAUAUCCGGGAGAAGCUGAGCUGCAGUUCAGUGCUGGAGCAUCUGCUAUGCACAGAAAUGGCCCCAGAUUUAAUCCCCAGUGGCAUCGCUGGGUAGGGCUGGGAAUGUGCCCCUGCCCAGGACCCUGGAGACAAUACUGAGCCACAUGGAUGAACAGUCUGACUCGGAAUAAGUCAUUCUCUGCAUUGAGAGCAGUGGCUUGGCUAAGACAUUCAAACUAGCAUCUUCCUGUUUUGUAGCUCAGACCCUUGACUCCCAUUUGUCCUUGCUUCCCCUAACCCAGGUUCCCACCAUUCUGAUCUCCACCUGAUGUCUUAUUCCUGCACUUUAUCGUCUACUCCCGGCUCCAUCCACUUCGCCGCUUCCAUUCCAGCCUCGCCUUCCGUCCAGCUCACUUGAGUCUUCUUGCCUCGCUCCUCUACCCUGCCAUAAUUGUUCUUUCCUCUGGUAGACAUAAACUUCCCAGUUUUGCCCUUCUGUCCCGGAUCAGCCGAUUGAAGGAGAACAGGAGACCACAUUCCUAGACAACAGCUUUCUGCAACCUGGUAGCCUCCUCCAGCUCAUUUGGGCUAUAACUCCCAUCAGCACCAGCCAGCGUGACUGUGCCAACUUGGACUGGUGAGAGUUGUAGUCCAAAACAUCUGGAAGGCCCCCGGUCGUGGAGAGCUGAUGGCCUGGGAGGAAACUUCAUUGAACUUGCUGGGCCUUACUUCUGAGUAGAAGUGCCAAAGAAUGGCCUGUAAAUUCUGCAAAAUGAACAAAUGCAUUACCCCAUUUAUAGUUGCAGAUUGAGGCAUUCCCACCCACCCACCCCCUGAAGAAUUUCUGCUUCCUACAACUCUCAGCUUUUGUUGCUGAGUUUUUAUCUACCUCUUCUUCUUUUUAACAGCAAGAUUCUAGUCCUUUUGAAAUGAUGUUUGAAAUUAUAUAAAUAACGUCUCCAUAGAAUGUGGGUUUGAUCAGUGCAGAUGUUUUCCCCUUAUUUGUUUCAAGCAGAGAGUCCAUGUUGCUGGAUAGGGUCCAUUAUUUCAUCCUCUGUGCCCACAGUGAUUCUCUACACUCCCUUACACAGCUAAAAAUGUACACUGGAUUUAUUUUGAACUAUGACUUGCUAGCGCUCAUCUUCAGAACUUGUCACAAGUGCUAGAAUAUGGGAGCAAAUGAAAAAAGAAAGUACCUCUGGCCAUGUGCAGAGGGUCCCAUCUUAGCACUGAGCCCCUCCACUUCUCUGAAUAUCUGGGAAAAGGGGGUCAGAGUUUCUAGGUUGGAAACCUUGAUAUACAGGUAAACUGUAACCUUCUAACAUCUUCCUUUAAAAACAAAACAUUAUUAUGCCCCUGCUUUUACUUUUUCAGUCAUUCAUUGCACUUUAUACAUUAAUUGCAUGUCAUUCCCAAUCUCUCUCUUUUUCGCUCACAAUAAUCCUAUGAGGUAGGUCAGACUGAGUGAUAAUGACUGACCCAAGAUUGAGCUAAGCAGGGAUCUGAAUGUGGGUCUCUGCCGAAAUCCAGCAAACUGCUUGCUACCCUGCAAGGCCACUGGUUAUGCAGAUUGAUUACCAUAAUGCCUGCAUUGUCUGGGAACAAAUCAGACUUGCCCUGUAAUGACAUCACAAUCUCUGCAAUUUCCGAAGCGUGGGUCCUGAUGGCAGUUCCUAAGAUGCCUCAGGAAAGGUCAGCUGUUAUCUGAGACCUCCAGUUUAUUUUUGCUGGAGGUUCAGUGGCCAAAAAAAGGGUGAAUUGCUAGCCUCAGAAAUUAUUAUUAUUAUUAAGACCGACAGACAGACAGAAAGACUGAUAGGUAGAUAAUAAGCAAGUGCAACAGUGCCCAAGAACCUUAUGCAGUAUUAUACCCCCAUUGUUCAGCCAAGACACUGAGGUCCAGCUCCAAGGGCCUUCUGGCAGUUCCCUCACUGCGAGAAGUGAAACUACAAGAAACCAGGCAGAGGGUCUUCUGGGUAGUGGCACCCGUCCUGUGGAACACCCUCCCAUCAGAUGUCAAGGAAAUAAACAACUAUCUGACUUUUAGAAGACAUCUGAAGGCAGCCCUGUUUAGGGAAGUUUUAAAAGUUUGAUUUAUUAUUAUUAUUAUUAUUAUUAUUAUUAUUAUUCUGUUGGGAGCCACCCAGAGUGGCUGGAGAAACCCAGAGUGGCUGGAGAUGGGCAGGAUAUAAAUAACAAAUUAUUAUUAUUAUUGUUAGUAGUAGUAGUAGUAGUAGUAGUAGUAGUAGUAGUAUAUAGAUAUAAUAUCCUUGGUGGUGGUUGCAAUUACUUAUUAGUCCUGAGCAUGUUAGUGCACACUGCCAACAUGAUUUCAAGCUUUCACCCAUAACAAUGAGGACUAGAACUUUAACAGUGACCCCCAAAUGGUGGAGCUUCCGGUACCCUGCUGUCAAAUGACCCACCAUCUUUUGCCACUUUCCUUCUUUGCCCUUGCCUUUCGCUCCUCUGUUUCCCUUGGAACAAAUUCACGCCUGCCACUCUGAAUGUCAUCUCCCCUUGCUGUGUCCUCGCAAGCCCUUGCUUGCAUUUAGUUCAGCUCCUGAUCGCCAGGAUUAGGUCUUUAUAACUGUUUCACGAGGCACCUGUCGUCCUUGUGGGAGUAUCUAAAAAUUCCUCAGAGCAGGCUCUUACUCUAAGCCAUUUGGCCGAAUGACAUCUGAGCUACUGACACCAGCUGCAAAUCCCUUUUUCUCCACUUGUGUAAUUACUGCUGGGGUGAUCAGGGGGCCCAGGGCACCAUCUGGGCAAAGGCACAAAAUGGGCAUCAAAUAUACUACAGUGGUACCUCAGAAGUCGAACAGAAUCUGUUCUGGAAGUCCAUUCAACUUCCAAGACAUUUGGAAACCAAGGUGCGGCUUCUGAUUGGCUGCAGGAAGUUCCUGCAGCCAAUCAGAAGCUGUGGAAGCCCCGUCGGACGUUCGAGCUCCAAAGAACGUUCACAAACCAGAACACUCACUUCCAGGGUUGCGGCGUUCUGGAGCCAAAAUGUUUGACUCGCAAGGCAUUUGGGAUCCACGGUACGACUGUAUUGUAUAAUAAUGUUAACUGUGUUGAUUUUUGAGUGUAGCAUAACCAGGCAUGCUUUUGUAGCUGAUGAAAAACCAGACAUCAGCUUAUUCCAAGGCUUAGUAUGAGCAGCAGGCCAAGCCAGAAGGGCAAUGAUUCAGGUUCUUAUUAGUUUCUGCCUACGGUGCAAUGCUGAAAGCUGCCAAGGCUGUAGUGGGGAAUUAAAUGAAGGGCGUGCAGCAUCAGGAGCACCAGCAGACUUCCUGCAGAAGAGCUUCCAGGCAGGAGCAGUCUAUCUGAGUAAUGAGAAUUCUCAGUUUCAGUGGCCUUGAAAACCCACAGCCAUUUUUUAUUUGCCCCAAUGCCACUUCACAGGAACUUAGGAAACUGCCUCCCACAUAUCUUUUGGUCCAUCCUGUAUUGUCUAUUCUGAUUGGCAGCAGCUCUCUAAGAAUUCAGACUCAGACUUGUUCUGGGAAUAGUUAUGGAGCAUCUCACAGAACCAAGGCUUGAGUUUUGCAUGCAUGCAACACACACACACACACACACACUUCAAAACCAGAUUUCCUGUUUUAGAAUCUGACCUUUGGAUGCAUAAACAUGCUAUUUGAUAUCAUUCCCAAAUACUCUUUUCAGGGAAAGUUUCUCUUUUGAGAACUUGCUCAAAUUUUGGUGAUGGAGAGGAUUGAGUUCAAAAAAGCAGGGGAAUAGGUCUGGGACAUCAAAUGGCAAAAGCAUUGGAUUUUCAGUGUGUAAAAUGUGUUUUUUGUUACAGUCGUACCUCAGAAGUCGAACAGAAUUUGUUCCAGAAAUCUGUUCAACUUCCAAAAUGUCCAGAAACCAAAGCUCGGCUUCUGAUUGGCUGUAGGAAGCCUGUCGGCCGUUUGGCUUCCAAAGAACGUUCGCAAACCGGAACACUUACUUCUGGGUUUGCAGCGUUUGGGAGGCAAAAUGUCUGAGUACCAAGGUACAACUGUAUUUUAAAGAGCAGUUUUGAAACCUAUAAGGUGCAAGGGUCAUCAUUUCAAGCAACAUUAGAUUUGCACCCUAUGGUCCCUUCCAACUCUGCAAUUCUGAGAUUCUAGGAUGGCAAACUCAGUCAACCCUUUUUUCCUCAUCUUUCCAGGCUACCCCAACACGGCUCUCCAGGUCUGCCUGAUGUGCUUGUCGCUGGGAUACUUCCUCUUCGACUUGAGCUGGUGCAUUUAUUUCCAGAGCGAGGGCAACCUGAUGCUUUCCCACCACAUGCUCAGCGUCAGCGGCCUGGCUUUCGUGCUGAUGAUUGGCAAGUCUGCCACGGAGAUCAAUGCCGUCGUCUUCGUGAGCGAGAUCACCAACCCUCUGCUGCAGCUACGCUGGUUCCUACGGGAGAUGGGGAGCUAUCACAACCUCCUCGGGGAUGUGGUGGAUUACCUUUUCGUAUUUCUCUUCCUGGGGCUGCGCAUCGCCGGCGGAGCAUGGAUUGUACAGUCGGUGAUGACUUCGCCCAACACCAUCUGGAUGCUGAGGGGUGGCGUCCUGGCCAUGUAUGUGGUGUCCUGGGCAUUUAUGCUGGAUAUCCUCAGUUUUGCCAGGAGGAAAACAACGAAGAAAUAUUUUGCUUGGAAGAAUGAAAAAAUGAAAGGGAAGUUUCCCAAGGAAAACGGACAUCUGCCGAAAUGCUGA